AUGCAAAUGGAUACACUCCCUCUUCUCCUAACCCUAGCAGCUUCACUAUUUGCUUAUUUCUUAUGGUUCCACCUCUUGGCUCGAACCCUAACCGGUCCAAAAGUGUGGCCAUUUGUUGGCAGCCUCCCGGCUCUCUUCAUGAACCGGAACCGGGUUCACGAAUGGAUAGCCGCGAACAUAAAACAAUCUGGUAGUUCACUAACCUACCAAACAUGCAACAUCCCUUUCCCUUUCUUGGCUCGUAGGAGAGGGUUCUACACGGUCACAAGCCACCCAAAGAACAUCGAGCACAUCCUCCGCACCCGGUUCGACAACUACCCGAAAGGACCGAAAUGGCAAGCCGGGUUUCACGACUUAUUAGGUCAAGGAAUCUUCAAUAGCGACGGCGAGACAUGGCUCAUGCAACGCAAAACCGCAGCACUUGAGUUCACAACACGAACCCUAAGACAAGCCAUGGCUCGAUGGGUGAACCAAACCAUAAAGAACCGAUUAUGGUGCAUUCUAGACAAAGCCGAAAAGGAAAAUGUUUCAGUUGAUUUGCAAGAUAUUCUUCUACGUUUAACCUUUGAUAACAUUUGUGGACUCACCUUUGGUAAAGACCCUGAAACCCUUUCACCUGAACUACCUGAAAACUCGUUCUUCGUUGCUUUUGAUGCUGCAACUGAAGCCACGUUGCAUAGGUUAUUAUACCCUGAUAUAGUUUGGAGGGUCGAGAAGGUUCUGAACAUUGGUGCAGAGAAGAAGCUGAAGCAGUGUUUGAAGGUUAUCGAUAGUUACAUGAAUGAUGCCGUUUCUGCUAGAUAUGAAGCUCCUUCAGAUGACUUGUUAUCGAGGUUUAUAAAGAAGCGCGACGGCGACGGAAAACCCUUCAGCGACGCCGUGCUUCAACGCUUUGCUUUAAACUUUUUGCUCGCCGGAAGGGACACUUCGUCGGUGGCUCUCAGCUGGUUUUUUUGGCUUGUUAUGAACCACCCUCACGUGGAGGAGAGGAUUUUGGACGAGUUGACAGCGGUUUUGGCUGAGACUCGUGGCGAAGAUUGGAGGAGGUGGGUGGAGGAGGUGGUGGACUUCGAGGAAGCUGAGAGGCUUGUUUAUCUGAAAGCUGCUUUGGCUGAGACGCUGCGUUUGUAUCCCUCCGUGCCGGAGGAUUUCAAGUACGCCGUCUCCGAUGAUGUUUUGCCUGACGGGACGGUGGUUCCGGCAGGUUCGACGAUGAUGUAUUCAAUAUACUCUGUAGGGAGGAUGAAGUGUGUGUGGGGUGAGGAUUGCAUGGAGUUUAAACCGGAAAGGUGGAUUUCGGUUCAAGAAGACAGGUUCCAAUUCGAACCGCCAAAGGAUGGGUUCAAGUUCGUGGCUUUUAAUGCUGGACCGAGGACUUGUUUAGGGAAGGACUUGGCUUACCUUCAGAUGAAAUCUGUGGCUGCGGCUGUCCUGCUUCGUUACCGGCUGUCUCCGGUUCCCGGUCAUCGGGUGGAGCAGAAGAUGUCUCUCAGUCUCUUCAUGAAACAUGGGUUACUUGUGUUCUUGCAUCCACGUGAGCUUCAACCAUCACGUGUUGCUGCCACCUCUGCAUAG